AUGGAGAAAGUUGUUAAUUUGGAAUACAGGGGCGAAGGAAAUUGUGCAAUAGUUUUCGCGGAUCCACAGACAAAUCAUGUUUACAGACUAGUCAAAUAUUAUGCCACCCGUAAGAUAAGGAAACUGCUGCAAAAUGGAUUCAGUAGUGGAACUCACAAUGACAUGAAGAAUAUCCAAAGUGCUGUGAAAUCCAAGUUGGAGAUGGUGGUCUCCUACAUGACCAAUAUAAUGAGGCCCCUCCUGACUGACCGCUAUGUUGUCACACCGGUUAUGGCAAAAAUACCUGAAGGUUAUGUGGAACGAGCGGUUGAGUUAGUCGGGCAGGCUCGACCAGCCUACAGAAAGCAUUCACAGUAUGAUGCGAUUGAUACAGACAUUCCAUAUGCACUAGUUCUUCCAGACUGCUGUUUUGUGCACCAUUCAGACACCCGUAAGCUAAAACGUCACACAAACUCUGACAGUACUGAAGCUGAUGAUUCAUUUGAGAGUCCUGGCCCUUCAGAUUCGGAGAUGACGUUAGCAGACUCACAGAAAAUCAACCAGAACAACAGCUUCUGCUCAGGUGACAGUCAGGAGUCGACUUCAGACUUCCACGAAGACAACAUGGAUGUAAACACAUCCACAUGUCCUGAUGGUGGAGAGGAUUCUGAGCCUUUCAGAUCCUGCCAGAUCCACACAGAUGGGUCUGAGGACUUGUCACCACCACAUGCGUACAUCACUUCUGAUAGACUUAAUGGUAGGAGCACGUCCAUUGAUCGCAGUAUAUAUCUCAGGCAUGAUGGGUACUCAGAACAAGGAAGGUUUAUUGAAGAUCAUUGUAGACAAGAAACAGUGAGAGACGAUGGUCUGUUCACACUGAGCAUUGAAAUCAAGCCAAAGAAAGCUUUCAUGACAAAGGUCAUCAGACACUCAUCAGAAAUAGGUCAAGUCUGUAGAUUUUGCAUGCAUCAGCACUUGAAGAGGAAAUCCGGAAUGUGGCCUGAGACAAGCAGCUACUGCCCUCUUGAUUUGUUCUCUGG